GUGGGCUUGGAGAGGAAGAGUCAUGUGAAAACAAUCAACCGUGACUGUCUCGGUAUUUCAGGUUUUAUCUGUCGGGCUGCGUCGUGUCCCGCAUGGAGCUCUCCGUGUGCGUGAAGCUGCUCCUCUCCCUUCACGCUGUCGCUCAGCUGCGGGCAGACGGACGACAGCGGUGGCCUGUUCCCUACAGGCGCUUUGACCGGCGACCUCCUGUGGACCCGUACUGCGACGCUCUCUACCCCUUCUGCCCCACUGGAGACCGUGAUGGACGCUUUCCCUCCAUACGAGACAGCGACGUGGUCUCUGUCUACCGGCUGCAGACGCCUGUGUGGGAAUUCAAGUACGGAGAUGUGCUGGGGAAGUUCCACAUCAUGCACGACGCCAUCGGCUUCAGCAGCCUGGAGACUGGAGCCAACUACACCAUGGAGUGGUACGAGCUUUUCCAGCUGGGCAACUGCACGUUCCCUCACCUCCGCCCGGAGAUGUUCGCCCCCUUCUGGUGCAACCAGGGAGCUGCCUGCUUCUUCGAGGGCAUCGAUGACGUGCACUGGUCGCAGAACGGGACCCUGGAGAAAAUAGGAGAAGUGACAGGGAGUCAGUUCAACGCGAUGGCUCAGUGGGUGCAGGACGACAACGAGACCGGGAUCUACUACGAGACCUGGACCGUUCGCUCUGACCCCGGUCCGAACGCAACGGUGUGGUUCGAGUCGUACGACUGCUCCCAGUUCGUCCAUCGCACGUACAAGAAGCUGACCGAGCUGGGAGCCAAGCUGUCCAGCCGCUCGCAGACCAACUACACCAAGAUCUAUCUGUUCAGCGGAGAGCCCAGGUACCUGGGCAACGACAGCGCCAUAUUCGGGCAACCGGCGCUGAAAAACCUCGCGACGGACAUCCGGCAGUUUUACCACACGUUCAGGCCGCACCAGUCGAUCUUCGACCUCGCUUUCAGCCUGCUGGAGGCUUACAAGGAGGUUGUGCUGGACAAGAGUUUCUACCUGUAUUACAACUUUGAGUACUGGCACCUGCCAAUGAAACAUCCAUACGUGCAGAUCACGUAUGAAGAGGUGCCUUUGCCUUAACAACCAACCUGUUUCCUUGAAAAUGUCUUUUAAGUUUACAAUUCAUGACUAGUCCUGCCAGCAUUUGCUAACUUUCAUGCUGAGUUGGUUGUUUUAACACAGUAACACUUUCCCUUCUCCCCUUCUCUGCAGGAAAGCACGCUGCUAUGAUUUCACCUUUUAAAAUAUUUGUUGUGGGUGGGUGAAUGAUCCUUGUCUGACCUCUAGGUGGAGACAUUGUUUAAACAAAACCUGAUCUAACCUGAUCUAAUUGUAUCUAAUAAGUAUAUGGAGAUGCCAUAGAUGUACAAUUUCAAACCUCACAGACAAAUAAAAGAAAGUGUUGAAAGAGCUGAUUUAAAUAAAAAUGGCCAUAGUUACAUCUGAUGUACCAGGCAUACCUGAUAAAAUUGUCCUUAAAUCUACUUCAAAGAUUUAUUCCAACCAACGUUCCAAGUAUUUUUUGCAACUAGUAGCAUUGCUCUCAGCAUCCAUAACAGUUUCACAUAUGUAUUAUUUUCUAAGUAACUUUUUAUGUUGAUCAAAUUGUCUGGAAAGU